UUAUGACAUACCUAUGCUUAUUGCUUGUAACUAAUAAAUUUCUGAUAAGAUUAAAGUUUUUUUUUUAGUCGAGGUACCUAGUUAUAUCCGAUCGACCGUCUUGUAAAUAUACCACAUUACCGCUGAUAGUCUAAUGCAUACGACUUACGAGUACAUAAAAUAUAUCAAAAUAUUAUGCGUAUUAUGUGUAUUAGGUAUGCCUCAAUAAUAUUAACUUUGUAGAAGCAAGUUUAUAGUUUGUAGUUUCACAUGGUAUGUGUCUUAACAAGUAACGAAAAGGUUGUUUAGAAUGUUCAGAUAGGUACCUAGUUGUCACAACUCACAUUAAUAUACAUUUUAUGGUAAUGAUAAUAAACUGUUGCAACUGGUAAGUACACCAAAUACCGCUUACACGAUGAAUAUUUAUGAUGGAAAUAUCGAAUAUUUAAUGGUCAUUAAUGCCGGAUAGAGCAUGCCAAAUAGUAAAAUAUCGAAACGUAAUUAAUUUAGUUUGCUCGGUCAGGACAAUUCUGUUGUGCGUUGCUGUGGUUUAUAUAUAUUUAUAUAAUUAUACAUAAUAUAAUAUAUGGUAUUUGUGCUAAUAAGGUAUUUUGAGCGCCAUCUGUCUAAGAAAUCAAAAGCAAAAACCGUAGAAUUGUAUACAUUUUUUAACGAACGUUCAAUGUGUUGUAGUGACGUGUGGUUCAAAUACUCUUUAGUCUAUACGUUCCCCACCUGUCUGUCAGUGCCUCUGUGUGGGCAUGCGCAGUACGCGCGCUUAUCAUUAUCAUUGUUAUUGUUGUCAGCACCAAGACAACGGGCGUACGAAUAUACGACAAGUGUAACGUUUUUUUUUUUUUUUUGAAAAUGUUUAUAGUUCAUUCUUAAUAUUCUCAUCAUAGUUAUUCUACCAAAUCAUUAUUUUUAAAUGCAUUUGAUUUGUGACACACGUCCGUUUAGGUAUUACGCUGUGUUGAGCAUAAAAUUAUACAUUGUGUUUGUGUAAGCGUACAGUUUAAAUGAUACAAAAUAAUUAAAAUACCUAAAUUCCCAUAUUCACGUAUUUUAAAAUGUCAAGUUAUUCAAAUAUUCAAAACUUGCCUACGUAUUCCCAAUUCCGAGCCACGGAAACUUGGCAAACAUUAGUCGACCAUUUUAGAAGUGGUAUGCCGUUGAAAUCGCAUCGGCACCAGCUUUGGUUUAGAGAAAACUGUUUCACAGGAUUUGAAGCAGUUGAUUGGAUGUAUAAUGAAGCAUCUACUGGGAAAAUACAACAUUUAUUUAAUAAAGGAGUUACACGUCAACAAAUAGUUGCAUUAAUGAAUAAGUUUUAUGAGGCUGAAAUUUUUAAAGCUGUUAGUACAACGUCUACCAAAUUUAAGGACAAGUCAGAGUUGUAUGAAUUUUCAUUACCAAAGAAUAUGAAUAAAACAAUCAGCAAAGGAUCUGUAUUAUCAUCAUUAAAUGUAUUCCUUAUGAAUAAACCACAAUCAUUGUCUCCUCAACCCAAAAAAAGUGACAAAGUUAUUAGCAGUCAUAGAAUGAAGUCUUAUUCAAUGGAAAAUGUUGCAAUGAACACAUACUUAAAUGAAAACCACAAAAUUGCCAAUUUCAUCAUACAAAAUUUGCAGAAUAUACUAAAAAGUUUUAAUAUGGAUGAUUUUUUAAAUACUGAGAAUUUAAAUAAGCAGUGGAUAAUCAUGAAUAUUUAUAAUCAAGAUUACAAUGUUGAUGGUUUAUUUCCACAUUGGGUUAAGUCCGCAAUGGAUAGCUUAACAUCUGAUAUGGAAAUGAAUGAAUGCACUUAUCCUGGAUUUAAAGCUGAUGUUUAUUCUGUAAUCAAGGAUUAUUUUUUAAACUCAGAGGAACCUCUGAUUCCAGUAUCUUUUUAUGAGAUAUUUAUUUCUAUUUUGGUUGUGGUUGAAAGAUAUGAUCAUAUGUGUAAUAAAAAAGUAAAACAAACAGAAAAUAAUAAUUCAUCUCAAUUAUCAUCAAACAUGUGUUGGGAAACUGAAUUUCCCACUGAUCAUUUAAAAACAUGUUUUGUUAAUAAAUGUUUUGAUAUUUCUGGACAUCAAGUAUCAUCACUCUCCAGUACUUCUAUCAGUAGUUGUAGCAGCACAUCAUUUUUUGAAUCAUGUGAAAUAGAACAAAGUAAAAUGGAACAUAAACCAUUAAAUGUUUCGCAAAAAUAUUCAAAGCCAAAGUUAACUAGAACAAUUAGUUCACCAGAAAUAUCUGUAAAAUCACAAUCAUAUUUUCAAAGAAAUAUGGAAAAAAUAAAGAAAAGGAAAAUGGGCCGUACCAUUUCUAAUAACUCAAUAAAUCCAAAAAAUUUAAAUGAACUUAAUGAAAGCUUUUACUCAGACGAGUAUGGUUUUAAAAAUAAACCAUUAGAAAAUGAUAAAUUUGUUUAUCCAUCUACUUCUGGAUAUGUCAAUUUUGGACUUUUUCAAUCAGAAAAAAUUAGUAAUGAUGAUACAAAUGGUGGUUUUGAUUUAGAUAUGGCAAUCUCUACUCUUCGUAAACUAAUUGAUAUAACAAAAAUGGAUCAUACACAAACCCUUAAACACCAAUCAUUUAAUGGUUUAAAUGAAAAAUCGUUACAUCUGGGGAUUCUUUUGUAUCAAUUAUUAAGUCUAUGUCUUCCACCAUUGAAUAGAGCAAAAUUACAAGUGUUUUUAAAAUUUGUUUCUCAUCUAUCUUCGACUUAUACUAAGAUUACUGAUAAAUUAUGUUGUGCAGUAUUAAGACAAAAUAUUAAUCAAUUUGAAUAUGAUUGUUUAGCUACUGAUGUUGUCAAAUUUUUAAUUCAUAGUCAAAACUUGAUAUUUUUACCUAUUAAAACUGAUUCAAUUUUAUCAGAAAAGUUCAAUUCUCUCAGUAAUGAUGAUAAAUUGUUUAAAGAUAGUAUGCACUAUUGUCUUAGGAUAUCAGAUAAAGAAUUUGAAAAACAAAGGAGUACUGAAUCUAAAGACGCCCUUAUUGAAUUGUUGGAUCAAAUUAUAAAUAGUACAACAAUGUCUAAUAAAGAAAAGAGUAAACGUAUAAAAUUAUUUCAAAAAAUGUACCCUGAUGUUUAUGAAAAAAGGUCUACACUCCUAGAGCAACAUAAAAAACGGAAUCCAGUAUUAAAUGAAAUUAAAAUUAAAAAUCUUCGAAUUUAAUUAAGAAAUACUACUUAUUAUUAUUAAAAUUAUUUUUGAUAUUUGAAAAUUAAUAUUUAUUAUGUUAAUAGUAUUGUAAGUAUGGAUGUUACACAUUACUAACAUUACUAAUGUUAAUUUCAAACUUUAUUUUAUGAAAAAAUUUAAGCUUGUUGUAAUACCUACUUAAUAUACUUUUUGUAUCUUUUAUAAUAAAGCGGUGCUUAUAUAUAUUUUGUAAAAUAAUUAAUGUUCUUAACCAAACCCCAGUUAUUAAUUUUUGUAUAUAUGGUAUAUUAUUUUCUAUUAUUAAAUGAUAUAAUUGUCUAUUAA